AUGGCAGUGAGUAAACACUCUGAUCAAGCUCGUAAGAAUUAUCGCACAUGCUUGAAUGCAUUAAUCAAGUGCACUAAGUUUUUAUUACGACAAGGUCUUGCUUUUCGUGGCCAUGAUGAAAGUGCUACUUCAAGCAAUAGGGGAAAUUACUUGGAGCUAUUGCAAUUCAUUGUAGAUAAUGAUAAUAAAGUUAGAGAAGUUGUGAUGGAAAAUGCUCCGGGGAAUCUCAAAUUACUAGCUCCUUGCAUUCAAAAAGAAAUUGUGAAUUCAUGUGCCCUUGAAACACUUGAUGCUAUCAUGGAUGGUCUAAAAGACAGAUUCUUUUCAAUAUUGGUGGAUAAAGCACAAGAUGUGUCGAUGAAAGAGCAAAUGGCUAUGGUAUUUGUGGGUAUCCAACAUGUUACCGACACUACUUCAAGUUCACCAAAGGAUGCUAUUGACACAUUAUUUUCUCGCAACGGUUUAAGCAUUUCCAAGCUACGAGGACAAGGUUAUGAUGGUGCUAGUAAUAUGAGAGGUGAGUUGAAUGAUCUUAAAACAAAGAUAUUGAGAGAACAACCUUAUGCAUAUUAUGUUCAUUGCUUUGCUCAUCAACUUCAACUAGCUCUUGUUGCUGUGGCAAAGAAGAAUAUAGACAUUGCCUCUUUUUUUGCAACGGCUAAUAGUGUGGUUAAUCAUAUUGGAGCAUCUUGUAAGCGACGUGAUUUACUUAGAGGACAACUCCAAGAAGAGCUUGUGAUAGCUUUUGAAAAUGAUUGCCUUAUAACGGGGCGAGGUUUAAAUCAAGAAACAAGUCUCAAACGUGCCGGUGACACACGAUGGAACUCACACUAUUGUACCUUGAUUAGCAUCAUUUCUAUGUUUUUAUCCGUGGUUCAUGUGCUUCAAAUGGUUAUUAAUGAUAAUCUCAAUGAAAGUGCAGAUGAAGCAAAUAAGUUAAUGAGAGAAAUAAGUGCUUUUAAGUUUGUGUUUCACCUUUUCUUGAUGAAAGCCAUAUUGGGACUUACAGUAAUGCUCCAAUAA